UCAGUUUAUUCCCAACCGUCAACUAAGGAAGACGCUUAGGCGGAAAAUUGUCUAGUUUCACGUGAAGAUCUCUUAAGUGACUUUUUGUGUGAUCGAAUGCCAAUAUUUCGGACAAUUUACCUGGAUUAAGAACAAAGAAAUUGCACACAGCCAAAGAAAUGCCUCAGAAUCAAGGACAGAAGAAGAAGAAACACCACAAGCAUCAUCAUCACGACAAGAACAACAAUGCCAGCACUUCUGGCGACUCUGGCACUGAGAUCUCUUCCAUUGGCUCCUGGGAGAGUUCCAGUGAUUCCGACAAGAAGAACAACAACGCCAACUUACCGUACAGCGUGGCGUUUUCCGCCACAAUGGGGCGCUUCCUGGUGGCGGCCAGAGACCUGAAGCCAGGCGACAUCAUCAUUCAGGACCAGACGCUGAUCAUCGGCCCGGCCACGGACGGAGGAUUGGUGUGUCUGGGAUGCUACCUGCCGCUGCCCACGCGCACGCCCAAGUGCCUGGGCUGCGGCUGGCCGCUGUGCUCGGCCAAGUGCCCAGGAUAUCGCCAGAAGUUUGGACACAGCAGCAGUGAGUGCUCCUUCCUCAGGCAACACAGGAUCGCUGACGCGCUGGAGCGGAGUACCGGACAGACGGAGCUGAAGCAGAUCUAUGAGUGCAUCCUGCCGCUGCGGUGCCUCAUCCUGCGCGACGCCGACCCCAAGCGCUGGUCCAUCCUCAUGGAUAUGGAAAGUCACAACGGCGUGCGCAGGAAAUUGCCGGCGCUGUGGAACAGGAACCAGGAGGUGAUAGUGAACCGAUUGCGAAACAACUGGGGCCUCAAGGACUUCUCCGAGGAGGAAAUCCACACCGUGUGCGGCGUCAUCGAGGUGAAUUGCUUCGAAGUGGGGCACAAUGAGUCGCGCGCCAGAGCCUUGUACCCGUCCGCUUUCCUGCUGGCGCACGACUGCCGCCCCAACACCACACACACCGAUCACCCGGUCACGCACGAGCUGCACAUCCGCGCCACGACGCCCAUCGCGAAGGGCGAGGCCAUCACGCUGACCUACGCCUACACGCUGCAGGGCACGCUGAAGAGGCGCGAGCACCUGCAGGAGGGCAAGUUCUUCUGGUGCUGCUGCGAGAGAUGCACAGAUCCCACUGAGUUCGGCACCUUCUCCAGUGCCCUCACCUGCCCCAAGUGCACCCGCGGCGCCAUCCUGGCCACGGAGCCUCUCGUCCAGACAGCCGAUUGGAAGUGUCGAGAAUGUGGAUACAUUGUGAGCGCCAAGGCGAUGAACAUUCUGGUGGAUCGAAUAUUCGACGAGCUCGAAUCCUUGGAUGUUAACAGCAUCGAGAACCUCGAGGAGUUCCUCGAUAAGUACCGCAACGUCCUGCAUCCCAAUCACUAUCUCAGCAUCUCAGCCAAGUACUCGCUCUGCCAGCUGUACGGCAAGUUCGAGGGCUAUCUCAUUCGCGAUCUCACGGCCAAGGACCUCCAGACCAAGGAAACCUACUGCCGCGACGUGCUGCGCGUCGUCGACCACCUGGAGCCCGGUAUGUCGCGCCUCCGCGGCGUGAUCAUGUACGAGUUGCACGCGCCCAUUAUGAUCCAGGCCACCAGGCAGUACGAGGCGAAGGAGAUCAACGCCGAGGAGCUGCGCAAGAGGCUCAUGGAGGUGUACCACUUAUUGAAAGACAGCGAGGCGAUCCUCGCCAUCGAGCCCGAGGGAUCGCAAGAGCAGACGAUGGCCUGGGCGGCCAAGUUCGCACUGCAGCGACUCAAAAAGUCCCUCACGAAGAUCAAUAAAUGAUGAAAAGGGUGUGAGAGUUAGGCUU